UGAUACAUAGUAUGAAGCCAAGGAUUUGUUGGAUUCGCGUUUCAGUAUUGUUAUUAUUAUAUAAUAUUAUUGAAAUAUGUCACAACCUAAUACAGCAACAAUCUGUAAACGAAACCAAUUAUUGUUAUAAGACAAAUGCGAUAUCAUGUCUUAAAUAUGAUGUAAAUUUUUGUAACACAUCUUAUAAAACUCAGGGUAUAAAUAUUAAAUUUUCUUCGCAAAUUGUUGAUGAUGAGUAUAUUGUUACAUUUAAUGGAUAUUAUAAAAAAGAAACGCGUAAAAAUUAUAUAAAAGCUGCGUUUUCUUCUUCUGGAAUAAAUGAUUGGAAGAUUAUAUCUAGAGAUAAUCUAGCUUCAAAAUAUCCAAGUGAUUUUGAUAUAGUACAGAUUAAAGAAGCUAGUAAACAAAAUGGUAUCGAUGCUUUAAAAGGUCACCCAUCGAUUCAAAGAAUAACUUCUCAAAAAUUGGUUCAUAGAACGUUAAAGUAUUUGAAAAGUGAUAAAGAUGAAUUAUUACCGGAAUAUAAAAGUUUUAGAAGAAAAAUUAAUAAUAAUAAAAAAAUGUUUUGGCAUCAAUCUAAGCAAUAUAAAUCUAGGAAGUUAUUACGUGCAACUCCUCGACAAAUUACAAAUAUACUGCAAGCUGAAACCCUUUGGAAGUUAGGAGUUACAGGUAAAGGAGUUAAGGUAGCAAUAUUUGAUACUGGAUUAGCUGCGAGUCAUCCUCAUUUUAAAAAAAUAAAAGAACGCACUAAUUGGACAAAUGAGAAGACUCUUGAAGAUGGUCUGGGUCAUGGAACCUUUGUUGCAGGUGUCAUUGCAUCUUCGCAAGAAUGUUUAGGUUUUGCUCCUGAUGCCGAUCUUUAUAUAUUCCGAGUAUUUACAAAUGCUCAGGUGUCAUAUACUUCAUGGUUCCUUGAUGCUUUUAAUUAUGCAAUUCUUGCGAAAAUAACAGUUUUAAAUCUUAGUAUUGGUGGACCUGAUUUUAUGGAUCAUCCUUUUGUUGAUAAAGUUUGGGAGCUUACUGCCAAUGGUGUUAUUAUGGUUUCAGCUAUCGGUAAUGAUGGGCCUCUUUAUGGUACUUUAAAUAAUCCUGCUGAUCAAAUGGAUGUUGUUGGUGUUGGUGGAAUUAAUUGGGAAGAUCAAAUAGCAAAGUUUUCAUCGCGUGGUAUGACAACAUGGGAACUACCUGCAGGCUAUGGAAGACUCAAACCUGAUCUUGUUACAUAUGGAUCUGGGGUUCAUGGAUCUGCUUUAAAAAGUGGUUGCAAAUCCUUAUCUGGCACUUCGGUAGCUAGCCCAGUUGUUGCUGGAGCUGUAGCUUUAUUAGCGAGUGGUUUUAUAAAUUCUAACAAUUCCAUAAAUUUUGAACAAAAGAUUACUCCUGCUAGUAUGAAACAAGCCUUAUUAGGAACAGCUCAACGUUUAUCUGGUAUUGGAAUGUUUGAACAAGGUGCGGGUCGUUUAGAUCUUUUGAGUGCAUUUCAUUACUUACGUUCAUAUUCUCCAAGAGCAACACUGAGUCCAAAUUAUAUAGAUUUAACAGAAUGUCAAUACAUGUGGCCAUAUUGUACCCAAGCAAUAGUUACUGAAUUAACAUGGCAUCCAUACACUCGUGAUAAUAAUGGUGAACGUAUCGAUGUCUCUUUAACACACUGUGAUAUUCUUUGGCCUUGGUCUGGAUGGUUAGCAGUAGCAAUUACUGUUCCAGCUACUUCCAAGGAUUGGCAAGGCGUUGCUCAAGGACAUAUUAGUUUAACCAUACAAUCACCACCAAGUAACAGUGAUCAAAAACCGAGAAGUUCAACUGUUAAAUUACCAUUGAAAGCUAAAAUUAUACCUACUCCUCCACGUCAUAAACGAAUUCUGUGGGAUCAAUACCAUAAUUUAAGAUAUCCUCCAGGAUAUUUUCCUCGUGAUAAUUUGAAAGCCAAAAAUGAUCCACUUGAUUGGAAUGGAGAUCAUAUUCAUACAAAUUUUAAAGACAUGUAUCAGCAUUUGCGUAAUGCAGGAUAUUAUCUUGAAGUAUUGGGAACACCCUUUACAUGUUUCAAUGCUCGUAAUUAUGGAACUUUGCUUAUUGUUGAUACUGAAGAAGAGUUCUUUCCUAACGAGAUUUUAAAAUUAAAAAAGGAUGUAGAUGAGGGACUAGCCUUAGUAAUAUUUGCCGAUUGGUAUAAUGUAACGGUAAUGCGUCAAGUUAAAUUUUAUGAUGAUAAUACUCGACAAUGGUGGAUACCAGAAACAGGAGGAGCAAAUGUACCUGCUUUAAAUGAUUUAUUAUAUAAAAAUUGGGGUAUUGCUUUUGGUGAUAGUGUUAGAGAUGGUCAAUUUAUUUUAGGACAACAUUCUCCAGUGACUUUUGCUUCUGGCACUGUUAUUACAAGGUUUCCUAGUGAAGGUUUUCUUAUGCAUGCAGAAUUACGAGAUCAAGGGGAAGAAUUAUUAUCAAAAUCUGAAAUAGGAAAUUUACGUUAUGUACCAAUUCUAGGACUUGUACAAGUAAAUAAUUUUAAAAGAAAUCAAAUUAGGAAAACAAAGGAAUCUGAACCUAAAUUCAGUACUUCUGGAAGAAUUGUAGUGUAUGGAGAUUCAAAUUGCAUCGACGACAGUCAUUCACAUAAACCUUGUUUUUGGAUGUUGGAUGCAAUUCUGGAAUAUGCUACAACAGGUCGAAUACCAUCAGUUUUUAUUGAAGAAGAAAAUCGUAUUAAAGGAAAGAGAAAUAUUAUGUCAUUGGACACAACAGAUCUUCCUAAACGCAUGGCAGAUAGUCAUUUAAAUCGACAUAGUAAAGUACUAGAACCUGCAGGUUCUGCUCUUCAUUACCGUCCUCUUCCUUCAUGUCCAAUUUCAAUAUUAGCCACUCCAGAGCCAUUAAAUGAAACAGCACCAGUGAUUUUAUAUAAAUCUCAAAAACUACUAUCAGUUGGAAGUUCUCUAAUUUCUGCAGUUUCAUUAUCACAAGAUUCAGAUCUUCUGUGGAAUUCCAGGCGUGGUGGUGCAAUAAAGCUCGAUGCACUAAUUCCUCGGGAUAUUCAUAAAACAAAAGUAAACGCACAAGUGGAUAAUUUAAGCCGAAUAAAAUUUGGACAUUUGGGAUACAUACUAGGAUUAAUAAUUUUAACUGUACUAAUUAUUAUAGCUUUCAAUCGAUGGUGUUGUUGCACAACAAAGCGAUCUCGUAGAAAUAGAGCAGUUGGCAGACUGCAAAGGGUGAUACAAGCAAUUGCUACUCGCAGAGUGCUUACUAUAUAGUGCUUGCACUACAAAGUACAAUUGAAUAAGUGUUGAUUUUCAGAGAUUAUCUUGUAUCCAUUAAUAUUAUAAGAAAUGUUUUUUUUUAUAUGCAUACAUCUGUUUUUCUUAACACGUGAC